AUGACCUACGAACGCGAACGCCGAAUCGCUGAGCUCGCAGUACAGCGAGCAUGCCUCCUCACAAAAAAAGUCUUUCACGAGAAAGCAAAGGGAACAUUGGCCAAAGACGACAAAUCUCCAGUCACGAAAGGCGAUUUCGGCGCGCAAGCUCUGAUCAUCCAAGCCAUUGCCAAGAACUUCCCCAACGACGAGAUUGUAGCAGAGGAAGAGUCAAGUGAAUUAAGACAAGAUACUGCCCUGCGAGCGGAGAUUUGGGAUUUGGUCAAGGAUAUCAAAUUAAAUGAUGCGGCAAGUGAUGAAGUUAUUGGAGGUUCGUUAGCAAACGAAGAAGACAUGCUGGCUGUGAUAGAUCAAGGAAAAUCACUUGGUGGAGCAACCGGUCGUAUCUGGGCUUUGGACCCUAUUGACGGUACCAAGGGCUUCCUCCGAGGUGGUCAAUACGCAGUCUGUUUGGCCUUGAUAGUGGAUGGUGACGUGAAGGUAGGCGUCAUUGGAUGCCCCAAUCUUCCAAUUGACGACUCUGAAGCUCUCACCACAAAUAUCGGUAGUGAGCAGUCCGACGACGAGGGCAAAGGUGUUCUUUUCUCUGCUAUUGAAGGUGAAGGAGCCGUCAGUCGACCUCUGACAAAUGCCGGUUUAGCACCAAGCAAACCUAUAUCCAUGCGUCCAGUUCCGGAUGUCUCUCAGGCUGUCUUCUGUGAGGGUGUUGAGGCCGCUCACUCCAACCAGGAUGACAAUGCCUCAGUUGCAAAACGCCUUGGAAUCACUGCGCCAAGUGUGCGCUUGGACUCUCAGGCUAAGUAUUGCUCGAUUGCUCGCGGUGCCGGAGACAUUUAUCUCCGUUUGCCUAUGAAGAAAGACUAUCAGGAAAAGAUCUGGGACCAUGCUGCUGGUGACCUUCUGGUUCGCGAAGCUGGUGGCCAGGUGACUGAUAUCUAUGGCAAGCGCCUCGACUUUACCAAGGGAAGAACCCUCAAGGAUAACAAAGGUGUUGUCGCCGCCCCUGCUGCCCUUCAAGACCAAGUCAUUGAUGCAGUUCAGGUUGUGUUGAACCUGAAGUAG